GUAUUGUCUAGAGGCUUUGAGAGGAGAACCGUUUAUCUUGCGGUUAAUACCCAGAUUCUUGUAUCCAACGGACCUCUUCUUCGCAUGGGGAGAGCUCGAGCCAUUCACUGCGAACACAUUACUGGUCUAGUUACAUGCUCAUGAUUCUCUGGUCGAUUGCAAUUAGAUGCAAUACUUGGUGUUGACAAUCCUUCAUGUUAUCCUCCAUAGACCAUAGAUAGGUAGUUCUUCCGAUUAAAUCUCGUGGCGAUCUGCUGGCCAUCUCUUGUCAUCGCAAGAAACAUCAAUAGUUGAUCCUGCGUUAAUCCACUUUCAUCCGUACAUGAACCAUCUCUAUCUAUCGUCUGUGUUGGCCGGAUGCAUCCAGUCUAAUCCACAUGUAAGCUGAGCAUGCCUCUGCAGCACACACACACACACACAUGCUCGAAUGUCAAUAUCGAUAGCCAUAUUCAAAGUUCUGCUCCCCUAGGUACCUUUGGAUGGAAGAUGACAAGAAACGAGAAGCCGUAGACAAUGGAAUCAGGAUGGUGCUGAGAAAUAUCAAGGAAAUGGAAGGCCACCGUCGAAUGAUAUGUUACAUCGCAUAAACCCAGCCUUUUAUUCCAACAACGUCGAGCCGCCGCAAUCCCAAUUGAUUCGUCUACCUUCACGCUUUAGAACGAAAUCAUCCUAAACCAUUUUACUUCGCCCCCUUAUCCCCUCCUGCCCUGGUCCCAAUGGCUCCCAAUUGAUCCAAAGUUGCUUUACAAAGUUACCCCAGCUGCAUCUCUAAACAUCAAGUUGGCCCGGGUUGUGAGCAUCAAUGCUAUUAUUAUCUUUUUUGGCUUCACACUGAUUUUCUGGGAACGCUUCUGUAUCAUCCUCCACCUGGGCACCAUACCAAAAACAUAUUCCGAAUCGCGUUUUCAUGCUCAGGUAAUCAGUCUUGCUUGAACUCUGAAGGCGCUCAGGGCCACUCCUUGACUUUACCGGCAGCUGUCAGAAAUUUAACUGGCAGAUCAAAGCAGUGUGCACGACACUACGAUACAGACCUACACGCAGAAGGAAAUCGGCCCCACCAGCACAGCCAGGCCCGACCCUAUUCAUUCUUUGGAUUCCGUUCGAUUGUGUUUCAUGAACAUAAUACAAAUGCCCUUCCCGUUCAAACAUAGCAAUCGUUCAAAGCAGGCAUUGAACGAACCUGCUAUAGAAAGAGCGGCGGUCACUCCUUCAGCCUCGCACUCGCAACAAUCCUUCUCAUCUGGUUCUGGCGAGGGUAGGUCCACAACAAUUCAACAACAAUCCUCCACCACCACUACGGUUACCACGACACCAUCUCAAACCUUUGAACAGCCCUACGAACCUCGCAAUCUCGAAGCUGGAUCUCGCGCAUCUGCAUAUCAUAAUAAUUCUGGGCCGUCUCCUUCCCGGGCUGUCUCAAAUCAAUAUCAACAGCAGCAGAUCUAUCCACAAGAGCUCGAAGCUUCCCCCGCUUCCCCAUCUCCACCUGGCUCAUCCGUCGAUGAUUUAGUACUUGAUACUCAACGGUUACAAAACCAGGGCCGCAGACAUACAGCACACAUACAGUCACCCGUGGCAGAACCUAAGAAGCGUAGUAUUUUUGAUCGUAUGCGAGGGACAAAUUCAAAUCGCUCCUCUGAACAAAAGUACCCCCCAGUUGCUACCCAGGUUCCCUAUAGCAACAACGCUGGUGGACUCGCGCGCAGGUUGUCUCGAAGACACGAGGGCCCUCCUGUAAUACGAACUAGUCAACAAAGGAAUUCGGUAGACCAACAUCAAAGAGCAGAUUGGCAACCGGUAGCUCAGAGUUCGAGAUCCCAUCUGCCAUCGCCUCGAGAAACCCCCGAGGACGACGGGUUGGAUCCUUAUCUCAUCACGAGUCCUGAAGGAAACACACCACAAAGCGCUCAGAGUUCUGUGAACGUGCAUGGGAAUCGACAGCCUCUAAACACAAUUCGAGCUGUACAAGGCGAUUCUGAUUCACCCCUCUAUUCAGCAGAGUCGCAGAACGACCCCCCUGAUCAACAAUUCCAGCAAUCGCCUACUCCAGUUUAUUAUCAACAAUCUCCUUCAGGUGCUAGUCAAUACGAGUCACCCGAGAGUGUUCAGCAAUACCAUUACGAAUUACCCGGUCAAGUUCAUUCACAACAACAAUUGAAUAGCUUCCCAAGUUCCCCCAACAGCCAAUACCCUCCGCAGGACUUCACCCCAGACAGCGCCUCUACACAUCAACUCGAUUCUUCUUUGAUAUACAGGGAAGACCAACGUCCCGGCUCGGUACAGUCUAACAAUCAAUCUCCGACAAGUAUCCAUCAGUCCAACAGGGCAGAAUAUCCAGAGCGAACAACUUCAAUACAAGGGCCGAUUCCAGGCUUAUCUACAAAUCGUCCUUUGUCGCAACACCUUUCCAUGGCACCGCAAUCCACUACAACACAACAAAAUCGACGAUCUGCAGACUCAAAGCAAACACUACAAACUCAAAUGGCACAAUCAGAUGGGAGGGAUCCUCCGGCAUACCGCCAACAACCAGGUCCUAGUAAUAACAAUAGCCAAACACCAGCGACAAGUCCACUCCCUCCUCAAAAUCAAGGUCCAAAUUACAGAGGAGGCCCUCUACAGCGAGAACAGUACAAUCCUUCUGGUGGUGGAGACCAAGGACGAAGCACACCACCACCACCGGCACCUGGAGACAGAGAUGUAAAUGAGGCAUACAAAGAGCUACUGCAGAAAUAUAAAAAGGUCAAGGGAUUGUAUUUUGACAAGACAGCAUCAGUGGAGCAAUUGCAAGGACAGGUCGAGCAGUUGCAAAACACUUUAGCAAAUCAACGUCUGUCCCAAUCUCGCACAUCCCUUGAUGAUGGCGAGUAUCAAUCACGAUUUUUACGGUUAGAUGGUGCUAUCACCAAUCUUGCUUUCAAUAUUCGCAAAGAUUGGAGAACGGUACCUGCAUGGCUUGCACAAUCUGUCAAUCGUGAUGCGAUGUCAAUAGGAAAACAAGAGAUGACAGCUGUUGGUAGAGCUUGUAUCACAAGAUUUCUUGUGGAUGAAGUCUUCAACCGCAGUUUCCACCCAGGCUUGGAGAGUGAGCUUAGCUUGAGUUUGAAGAACAUCGAACAAAACAUUCGUCUAUUCUCUCCUGCUAUCAACAACCAAGAAGAAUCCGACGCCCUGACUGCAAAGAUUGUUCAGUGGAGACUGGCAACUUUAGAUGGGCUGAAGGACCUGUUGAACUCUCCGGAAAGCGAAGAGUACAAGGACCAAUUCUCGAAAAUGGUCACUAGCAACUUGACGGCCAACUUAAUCAACUAUCUCCAAGAACCAGUACCGGGUGGUAUUGAAGCAGCUGCGACAACUAUCGUGGAACAAGCAGUGAGCAUUGCAGCGAACAUUCCUUUGGAGAGCAGAGAUGUUGUAAUCAUGUACCCGAUGCCAAACGACUUGGUUCAACGCCAAUAUAUGAAGAUCGAAGCUGGUAUUCCUGCAUUGGAACAUCCAGGCGCAGAAACUAAUAGUUUUGAUUCAAGCAGUGUGGGAAGUCAUGACAAGGACGAAAGCUCGAAAGAGGAGCAGAAGGGACAUGGAAAGCUGAUGAAGGAGAAGAGUGGAAAGGGCCAGGGCAUGUUAUCAGCUAUGAUGGGAAGCGGUGGUAGCGGCGGAGCGGCGGGAAAGAAAAUGAGCAUCAGUAGCCAAGGUGGGCAAGAAUCAAGUGAGAAAAUCAAGAGUGAAGACGGGAUUCACAAAGUACGCUUUGCUGGAUUCAUGGGCAUUGAUAUCAGGGGAAGACAGGUGCUGUGUCAGGCUCCGGUUUGGACGAUGGGGUAGAUGGUGAGAUUAUAUUUUGACUAUAAUGAUUGGACGACUGGAUGAUGGGAUGAAUUGGGAGGAUGUGUAAGUAAGACAAUAUCUUUUAGGGUUGGUAUAGAUGACCCUAAUUUUGACCAUGUCUAUGAGAUUAUGAACAUAAUACCACUUUGAUACCAUUAGGGAGUCAUAAAAUUUCACGUUUUGAUUAUUGUUCGUCCUUUUUGAGUAGCUCAUAGGGAAGUAUACAGAAUGAUGAUGUUUCUAUGAGAGUUUCUGUGUAUGUUUUGGGAGCAUAUUUGUAUUGGUCGAUGAGACUCAGGUUGAACGAGACUGCACUUUGAGUGAAUCAUUAUAGCAAUUUCUAUGAUUUACA